AUGCUUAACUUCCUGCUGCUCUGGGCAGCUCUGGGCAUCUCUAUUUCCAAAGGAAACUCUGUCGAAGUCUCCAGGGCAAAGAUCCAGUGGAUAGCAGAUGACCCCCUGCAACCUUUGGCUCAGCACGACUCUUGUGCCAGAGCCACCCUAGGACAGCACGGGCGGAGGGACUUUGAACGCAAAUCGUGGAGCAUUCAGACCAAAUAUGCACAUUCGAUGAGCAAUAACUUGGGACCUGAUGUUGUUGCUGAAGAUCAAUCGUUGGACAGCGCGAUGUUUUCGUGCUGCUGCACUGCUGAAGUGAACGAAGGCAGUGUAGAAGUUUCGAUCAAACCUAUCAUCCUUGAUGACCAGGAAGUUCAACGCCCGAGAGCAGAGCCUUCAAAAAUCAUUGACAGAGGUGAUGAAAAGGAAGCUCCAAGUCACGGGACUUAUACCGUCGUGCUCCCUCCAAACAAGGAGUUUUCCGCGCUUGGCAUAGAAGUCGAUGAGGCCCUGGAUGAGAAACUGGGUCCCAUGAUAAAGGAUCUGGCGAUGGGAUCUUUGAUCGACGCAUUUAACGAGCAGAAUCCCAAACAGGCUCUUGCCCUAUAUGACAGGGUCAUUGCUGUUGGUGAUCUCGUGUCUGACGGUCCUGCGAUUGCAGCCAAGUUGCGAGAGCCACUUACCAAUGAGCCCAUCAUUCUGACUUUGAGACGGCCCCAACAGAUCUACGCGCAUUUGUUCAAGCCGGGAUCGCUUGGCAUGAAGCUGAACUACAAGUUUCGCUCAGUCGGGGCAUCGAUCAGUGAGCUUUCGCCUGAUGGACUUGUUGCAAAGUGGAACCAGGAGCAUCCUGACGAGAAAGUCGAAAUAGGUGACAGAAUCCUCGAGCUCAACAGCAUGAAGCAUUUAGGUCCUGAGCUCAUCGAAAGACUCCAGAAUCGUAGCAAGAUGAUCCUGACGGUACUGAAGUUCUGA